AUGAUGCUUGAGGACUGGAUUUACCUGUAUCUGCCAAGUACAUUUUGUGCCUUAGCUUUUCUAGUAAAUCCCAUAUUCAUCUAUCUGAUUUUUACGGAAAAAUCGUCAACAUUUGGCAACUAUCGAUUUUUAUUAUUGUAUUUUGCUAUUUUCAACCUUCUUUAUUCAAUCAUGAAUGUUUAGGUUCCACUGGAUAUCCAUACCUUCGUCUACUCGUUUUUCUUAAUUGUCAGACACGGCUGGUUUAAAACUGAAGGGGCCAGUUCUGAACUUAAUUUCCAUAUGCUCAUUGCUCGAACUUCGUUUGUAUCAUCUAGCUAUGCAGUUUUAUUUAGUCAUUUCAUUUAUCGAUAUCUUGUGAUCAGUGAUUCAAGUAUAACAAGACAUCAUUUCCAUUGGUUCAUGACUGGAUCUUUUUUAAUGUCGUUUGCUUAUUUUUCUGUGUGGCACGCUACUUGUUAUUUCUCAGGCAGGGCAAAUUUGGAGCUUCUCCAGUAUGUUCGUGAAGAUCUCCUAGAAAAUUUUGGAAUUGAUUCAAGGAAUUUAAAUAUGAUUGGAACAUUGUUCAGCAUGGGAUCUCACGAAACUACACAAAGAGCGUGGAUUGCUAUGACGAUUUGGUCAGCAAUUUCUAUUGCAUCAAUAAUAGAAUUUUUUGCGAUGGCUCGAUUGAUAAUGCAAAAACUAAACAAAAUGAAUGUAACAGCGAGUCCAAAAACAUCAAAAUUUCAAUUUGAACUACUCAGAGCAUUAAUUGUACAAACAGUCAUCCCAAUCUGCGUCAGUUUCUCGCCGUGCUUGCUAUGUUGGUAUAGUCCAAUAUUUGGCGUGAAAUUAGAUAGAUCGUUCGAUUAUGUCGAAUUAACCGCCUUGGGCCUAUUCUCUUUUGCAGACCCAAUUGCUAUCAUCUUUUGUCUUCCCAUAUUUCGGUGCAGGAUUUUCAAGGCCAUCAAUUGUAUCACAAAAACCUGUGCUAAAAAAGAAACAGAUAACAACCCUCCACAACAAUUUCCGAUUCCAAGAAUUACUGUGCGAAACUCAAUUUUAUGA